AAGCUACGUAGAAAACUUCACUCCUGACGUAGUUCGGCAUGAGGAAACAUCUCGCUUAGUGCGAAUGAAAAAGCGCCCGCAAAGUCAUUCAAGAUGGUGCUGGAAACUAUUUCGAGAAUUAUCAAAGUGCAACUGCCAGCCUACCUCAAGAAGCUCCCGCUGCCAGAAACGAUCGGAGGAUUUACGAGACUUACAGUUUCAGAGUGGCUCCGUCUCCUGCCUUUGUUGGGAAUAUUGGCCCUGCUGGGCUACCUGACCAUCCGGCCCUUCCUGCCCAAGAAGAAGAAGCAGAGAGACUGUCUCAUCAACCUAAAGAUCCAAAAAGAAAACCCCAAAGUGGUCAAUGAGAUUGACAUAGAAGACCUACGAAGCACAAACGUCUGCUACUGCAGGUGUUGGCGUUCUAAAACGUUUCCUGUUUGUGAUAAAUCACACAUAAAGCACAACGAAUUGACCGGGGACAACGUGGGGCCGCUCAUACUGAAGAAGAAGAUUCUAUAAUCCAUGUUUUUCAUCAGCCAGGGAGGAGAGCAGAACAGGUGCUCUGGCUUCCUUUCAGAAAAAAAGCCACUAGUUUCAUUUACUCCCUAUAAAAAAUACACCUUUAACCUAAUGUGUCGUACUGUUGAUUGACACCACAUUGCUGUAUAUUCAUAUGCUGUGAAGAAUGGGCCUGAUCUUCUAGAGAAUCCAAACGAGAUGUUAUUUUGGCUUUGUAGGUUUGCCUCGUACUGAUCCGUUCACUUUUUUAUACUCUAAAGUGGUUUAUGCAGUGUGCCUUAAGUGUGCAAUUUGACUGGACCACAAACUACAGUAACAAACUAAAGACAGUGCCAUGAGUCUUCUUAGCUAAAGAAAUACUCCAGCAUUUUGUAAAAGUAAUGUUUAUCUAAUGCAUCUGUAACGCACCCUUGAUUACCACAGAUGAUAAAUUUGAGGCUUUUUCCUGUACGCAGAAAGGAACAGAAAACUCAAUUACCUGAAACUAACUCACAAUAAAAGUGACCUUUUGCAUUCCAUAAGCAAUCGUUUAUGUGGAAGACUUUCAUUAAUCCUUCAAUACAAAGUAUUUUAAGCUGUAAAUCUUUAUAGUUCAUCAAGGCUCGAUACUAAUGCUGUUCCGGGGAUGAUACAAGUAGCAUGCGGGAUAAAAUUAAAGCCGCUUUGAAAAGCAUAUUGCAUAUUGGUAUUGGAAAAAAUGUCGUUCCGUGCUGCACGGCAGUACACGACUGAUGGUGGUAUGCAGCCAUGGAAACAUUGCCAUGGUGACAGCAAUACCAGCGAAUAAGGAUCAUUAUCAGUGGAGACUUUAGCAGUGCUGGCUUUUAAGGUGAAUAAAAAAUUCAGUUUUAUUUACAUCUUUAUUAAUACAAAUAAUCCAGUUUAUUUCACUUCUUUUACAUUUAUAUGACUAAUACUGGACCAAACUUCAAAAACCUGAAAUGACUAAAACCUGAUGUUUUCUCCUUUUUUUUUUUUUUUUUUUUGGAUAUACAUACAGUGAUGAUUAGCCACGUUUACAUCCAGCCUAAUUAUUAGUUAAUAAUCUAAUAGCUCAAUCAGAAAAGAAAACGUCCAUGUAAACACCAACUCCAACUGAGGCCAUUCAGAAUACAAUUUGUACCCGAUUGAACGAGGUGGGUAAUCCUGUAAAUAAUACGUUAAAUAGUAGAAUAAUAGCCAUGUAAACGUCUGAAUUCCAGUCUGAAAGUGGAAGUAUGUUGUGCGUAUGAACUCAUAAUCCGGCUCUGGCUAAAGUUUUAAAAGACGGAGGUGGGACGGACGUCCAGCUUAUGUGUCUCAGAACACGACGUCUUCCUCUCGGCCUUCUUUAAUGAGGACAUGUGAAGGACAUUUUUCUGAGUCUGACAUAUUUCUAAAGUAAUGAAAGAAACAAGCACUGCUCACUGCUGCUCAUCUCACUCUGACUGGACCUCACGAUGUUCGCUGUCAUGGUAACGUUUAAACGCUACUCCACGCAUGCGCAUCAGUUUGGAUCAGAUUACUUGUAGUGAGCAUAUAGAGGAAGAUUUUUCAUCAGAUUGUUGAACAGAGUGCAUAUAAACACCUCAGUCUGAAUCUGUAAUCGGAAUGUGAUCAAUUUGGACUGGCAAAAAUCUUUGAUCUUUGCAUGUAAGCGUUGAUUUUAAAUAACAUUUUAUAAUUGAUCAAAUUUUGUUUCCAAAACAGAACUAUUUAAAGAUAAAAUGUAGUAAUAAUACAUAUAAUAAAUACAUAUAAUGUAAAACACUUUAUCGCUGCUGUCGGUAAUAUUAGUCAAUGUAAGUCUAUAGAAUAAGACUUUGUUUAUUUUGGUCCAUCCUUCAUGAAAUUUACACACAAUAUAAAAGCCAGCAUGCAUUUUCAAAUUAUGUCAAAAACUGAAAAUCGACAAACAUGGCGAUACGAGGUUUUGUUCCGACAGCAGCGAUAUAUAGCAAAAUACAGUGUUUUACGACUUUAUCUCUUUACCAUAACAUAUUGACAGCCACUGACACUUUUCUUUUCACUUGUGCCACCGUUCAACAGUAAAAAGUUAUGUUUUCUAAAACAAAAAAUGAUAAGUAGUAAUGAGGAACACAUGUGGACGAGCGACUUACAAGAAUUAGGAUUAAAAAUUCCAAGAAACUGUAGAAAGAUUUAAAAUUGAAAUAUAAAGCCUGUAGAUGUUUUUCUGUACCAUAUAGAGCUUCCAACUCAGUGGCCUACUGUCACAAUGUAAGCACAGUAUUAGGGAUACUGACCGGAGCUGCUUUUUGUUGGUUACAGCUUCAAAUCUAUGUUGUUGUCAUGUUUCCCAACUUUUCGCGGAAUGCAGCAACUGCCCAUUGACCUCUAUUAUAACUGAAUUUCAAGUCAGCGAGUUUUCUGUUCUUUCUAAAAACCGUGAAAUGCACGAAAGUUACAGUCAGUGCUGAGUAACUGUGUGAUACAGAUGUGGUAAAUAGAGAUUAGCUUGAAAAAUGCUGAAGUGUUCAUUUAAUCUAUCAGUAUCUGCUGGCUGCAUGUUAGAGCUGAUGAUUAUGAAAGAUUAGGCUAGGCUGUUGCUUACGCAAUCUAUAGAAACUAUUCCUGUUGUACAUCAUUGGGAUCAUCUUUUCUUAAUGAUCUUUUCUUUCUUGUCUGUGUUUAUCCAGCUGUCAGAGCGGUAAUGAAGCAUGAGUUAAAUUAUUAAUCGGGUGGAUGCUGGGUCACUGUCCUCUACCUUGAAUACCUUUGCUGUUGAAGGGCUAACAGCCGAUACUUCAGUUUGUUUUAUUCUCAUACAACUGUUUUAAACAUGUAAUGUUCAUUAUUGAAGAAAUCUGUACAAAUGACUCUAAAUCUGGAUUAGUUUUCCAGAGCGUAUCUCAAAGCUGUGUGGAUUUUGUAGGUUUAAAAUAAACUAUUACUCACUGAAUACAAUCCAAACAAACUGGUCGGCUCAGUAUUGAUUUGCUAUGAUCAUAAUAACUAUAACUAUACGCUUAAUAGCCAAAUACCUACCUUGUACUUUUACUAACAGGCCACUUUAUUAGAAACACCAACUUUAUAUUUCCUCUAUGUACAGUACUGUGCAAAAGUCAGUGACCUUUUCAUUUUUUUAGUAUUUAGUUUUCUGUGUCCACUCUUUGCCUUUAUUACAGCUUCUUUUCUGUUUGGGAGACUCGCUUGACAGUUUUUCAUAGAAAUCUUCUGGGAUAUUCUUCCACACCUCCAAAGUUCAGUCUUAGACGUUGGUUGCUUUUUACAUUCCAAGUGAUCCCAACCACAUAAAUGACGCUACGGUGUGGACCCUGGGGUGGUCAGUCUAUUGUUCUGAGAAUGACAGCAGCUUCGUUUUGAAUGUUAUUCUUUUUUUUUUCUUCUUUCUUCAGUAAGGGCUUCUUGACAGCUGCACACUGUUUCAGACUCAGUGUUGAGUCGUCUUCUCACAGUGGAGGGAUGGACAGAAACACCUGUGGAGGUUUUUUUUUUUUUAGAUCUGAAGCAGCUUGAUUUUCUCCACUCUCUCAAAGAUGCAAACUUUAAGUGCUAUUUAUCUGAUGAUAAUGGGAUCAUUUUGCUCCUUAUAGAAACAUGAUCAUUUGUACUUAAUGGUCAUUUUAACUCUGACCUCUGCGCAGUACUGUAUGUAUAAUAUAAUGUUCCUGGGUUCUUUUUAUUUUCACAUGGACAGAGAAGUCACAUGUGUAACUGUACAUGCAAUGUGCCUAAUAUUUUUACUUGUAAAAUAAAGCACUGUAAAAACACAAA